AUGGGACGAGAAAUGCAUGAUUUAAAAUUUAGUAAUAAAGAUCCACAUUUGUAUGAAGGAAAUGAAUAAAAUGCAUUUGCUAAUGUAAUAAAAGGAUUCUUGGGUUAAAAUCUCACUAUAUAAUAUGCUGCAAUUAACGAUAGUAAAAAAAUAGAGUAUUUAGUCAAUAACUAGAGACUUCAAAAACUUAAACUAAAAUUCUCAAACAUUGGAAAAUGCUAAUUUAAUAACUUAAUGAAAGCUCUAAAAAAUCAACCGAAUUUUAUGAGUUUUAAAUUAAAAGAAGUAGCAUUGAAUGAUAAAAAUAAAGAUUUGCUGACUCCACUGGAAAAUUGCAAGAAAUUACAGAUUAUAUCCAUCAAUAACACUGGAAAAGGUAGCUUUUCUUUAAUCGAAAAUUUUAUAUCUAAGCUAGGAAAGCAGCUUCGCUCAUUUACUUAUAUCUCAAGCUCAUCUGAUUCUUAGAAAAGAUUUAGUCUGAUAAAAUAUCUCAACCCAACUACUUUGAAGAAACUUAGAAUACAAUGUGCAGAAUAUGUUAAAUAUCCUGAUAAAAUUAUUGAAUCUAAGGACAAUUUAAAUGAUAUUUAAGCUCUCUUUGCUUUCAAUUGCCUCUUAAAACUGAAAAUUCAUCUAGAUUAUAUUUCAUUUGACUCCAUCAAUGCUCUUGGUUAAUUGCUAGACAAUCUGUCUAAAAGUUUAAGAUAUCUUGAAAUAGGUAUUGAUAAAGAAUGUCUCGAUUUAUAAAUGGUGUUUAUGAUUACAUUUUCUUCAAUUACAUCCAAUGAAUAUGCGAGAUACAUGAAAAGAAACUCUAAUAAAGAAGACAUUAAAUAGUAUUUGGUUAAGUUUGCAGAAGGAUUAGGACUCUGCUCAAGAUUGAUUGAUGCAAAAUUGCCAUCUGAACUUCUAAAUACUCCUUUAUUUGAUCUUUAUUAUGGAUUUAUGGAUAGAAAUGGUAUUGAAUCAAAUUUAGUUUUAAUGAGUAAUUUUUAGGACUCUCAACAGUGCAAACCUGAAAUUUACAAAAGCUUUUUAUUAUGA